AUGGCCAUGAUAUGUACUUUGUUUUGCAAGAAGUAUUUUGAGAACGCCUUGUAUCGUUACAAGUCAUCUGGUUGGUAUAAAGAAAACCCAUCAUCACUCUUUGCUCGUUGCAGAUUGAAACUUUUCUUGCACUAUUGGUUUCGCGCUCUAGCCCUAACAAAGAAGAAUCUUGCGGAUAACUGUGCUGGACAAUACUCAGCUCAUAAACCUUCAUCUCACCCCUCUGCAGGUCUGGAACCAGUUGAAAUUCAUCAGAACCAAUGGAGUCAAUCAGCUGAUAUAGAGAGAAACUUUCAACAACAGAGGGAAUCUUGGGGCAAAACUCAAUUUUGUGAUCUGAGAAAGAAUGACAAGGAUGGUGGUAUGAAUUUCCCCGAUGUGGGUUUGACUGUUGCUAAGGGCCCCUCGCAAGAUCAUGCUUAUGUGAUCAAUCAUAACAAUUAUGUUGUAGAAUACUUAUUGAAACAUAGGGACACAGGUUGGUACUUGAAGCAAACAGCUCAACCCAAGCAGCAACACAUAGUGCCAAUCUGGGACCCACCUAUAAUCGCUGCCUGGGCCAGAUUUCAGCGCAGGCAAUGA